AUGGCCGAGGCGGAAAAGGUAUCAAGUUCGCCGACGCAAGACAUUGCGCAAAGGGCCGGUGAGGCCCGGCUCGCGUCAAAGGAAGCUUUGCCAGUGGGAAAAGACGUCGAGAUUCCAGAUCAAAACGAUUCUUCUCAGCCAGACACGGCCGCAGACAAUGACAGAAAGGCAUUUCAGGCUCGAUUCGAGCCCGGCGACCCCGAGAACCCACACAACUUUGGUUCCGCCAAAAAGGUGUCGAUUCUAAUCCAGAUGUCGCUCUUGGCGCUGGUGGGCUCCCUGGGCACGUCGAUAAUCGCCCCAGCCGAACCCGUCAUUGCACGAUACACAAACACAAGCACAGAGGUUGCGACUCUGGUGCUGUCUCUUUACGUCCUCGGCUUCGCCGUUGGCCCGCUACUAUGGGCUCCCGUGAGCGAAGUCUUUGGACGCCGGUGGUCCAUGCUGCCGCCCGUCUUUGGCCUCGCGCUGUUUAGCAUCGGCACCGCCACGAGUACAAACGCCGCGAGCAUCUUCAUCACCCGCUUCCUCGCCGCCGUGUUUGGCUCCGCGCCGCAGAGUAAUGUCUCUGCGGCCAUGGGCGACUUUUACGGGCCCAAGACCAGAGGCAUCGCCAUGACUUUUUUUGCCGUCUGUGUCGUCGGAGGGCCGACGCUGGCGCCGCUGAUUGGGUCCGCGCUGCUGGUCAAUCCAAAAUUGGGGUGGCGAUGGACAGAGUAUAUGCAAGCCAUCAUCUCGUUUGCCGUGGUCGUCAUUUGCAUCUUUUUCUUGCCGGAAACGUACGGCCCGGUCCUGCUACGGCGCAAAGCUGUGCGCUUGCGCAAGGAGACGGGCGAUGACCGAUGGUGGCACCCACACGAAGAAGAAAAGAUGAACAUGGGCAAUAUUGUGACCAAAUACAUUGUCAGACCGCUCAACAUGCUCGUCACAGAACCAGCCGUCACAUGCAUGGCCAUCUAUGCAUCCUUUGUAUUCGCCCUCAUAUACAUGUUCCUCGAAGUCAUCCCCAUCGUGUACCUGGAAGGACGCCAUUGGAGCCCCGUCGUCUCCACGCUUCCGUACCUCAGCAUAUUCAUCGGCGUCUUGUGCGCCGUCUUUGUCAACCUCGCCAACCAGCCGCUCUACGCCAAGGCCAUGGCCAAGAACAACAACAAGCCCGUUCCCGAAGCGCGACUACCACCCAUCGUCAUCGGCAUUGUGCUUCUCGUCAUUGGCAUGUUUUGGUUUGCAUGGACGGCUGUGCCAAAAUUCCAUUGGAUACUCCCCACCAUCGCGCUAGCAUUUGUCGGUGCGGGCUUCAAUAUUGUCUUCCAGCAGUGCCUCAACUUUCUUGUCGACACGUACGGCAUGUAUGCUGCCAGCGCCUUGGCCGCCAACACCUUUCUUCGUUCGCUCCUCGCGUGCGGACUGCCGCUGGCGGCGAGACCCAUGUUCUCAACCAUGGGCGUCGGGCCGGCCGUCAGUCUGCUGGGCGGGAUAGCGUGCGCAGCGUUGCCGAUUCCAUUCAUAUUUUACAAGUACGGCGCGCGGCUGCGAAGGGCAUCCAAGUUUGCGGCGCUGCGGGACUAA